AUGCACGGAGGCGAUGAGUGUGAGCAGAACAAGCGAGCAUGCUCCUAUAUUUGCAAACCAGUAGCGAAGCCAUGGAGGAAGUGCCCAGUGGCUAUGCCGGAUAAGUUUGAUGGCUAUCAAGCCAUGUUUGCAGCAUUCUUGGGACAAUGCCAGCUGUUCCUGAGUUUGAGAGUGGAGGACUUUCCCACUGACUGGACGAAGGUAGGAUUUAUUAUUAGUUUGCUCUCAGGCACAGCUACCCGUUGGGCUACACCCUUGUUAACGCAGCCUAGUCCUUUGCUGGAUGACUUCCAGGGUUUUUGUCAGUAUUUUGGGUUGAUGUUUGAGGAUCCCAUUAAGGGGGAAACAGCAACCAGACGUCUUAAGUCACUGCAGCAGGGGAGUGGUUCAUUACAAGAUUAUGUGAGUGAAUUCUGGCUGUGUAGCCAGGAUUCAGUGUGGAAUGAACCAGCACUUAUGGACACUUUUCAAGACGGCCUGUCUGAUGAUUUACAGGAUGAACUGGCCAAGUGGCAGAAGCUGAUCUCAGCAGGCCCCGUUUCUCUUGACAUGUUUAAAGACAUCAGCCUCAUGACUCUGGACAGCUUGCAGAAAUGUGUUUUCAGCUCUAAUAGCAACUGUCAAGACUUGUACAAUGAAGAGAGAAAUUUGCUCCGCAUUCAAGCAAAAGAAAGGCGAAAUCAGGAAGCUCAUCAAGAGAGAGAACCGUUCUCUGCAGAUAUUCCUCUUUUUGGAGCACCUUACAAGGUGGUUGCCGAAAUGACCGAACUGCUCUCUUCAAGUGGAAACUAUGGGGCGUACCGCCGGGCCUACGCCGACUGCAAAGACUUCAAGAUCCCCAUCGUGGGAGUCCACCUCAAGGACCUGGUGACUUUGCACGAAGCCCUCCCGGAUCGCGUAGAGGGCGGGCGUCUCAACCUGAGCAAACUGCAGAGCCUCUACGAGCCGGUGUGGGAAUUCCGGUUGCGGCAACGGGCUCAGACGCCCUUCGAAGCCAACAAGGACCUGGUGCAUUUGCUGACGGUACGAACGAUACCCUUGGAGAACUCAUGGAAGGGUGGAUGA